AUGACAUUUGAGAAAAGGUUUUUACAUCAGACAGUAUAUGAGGAACCUGAUCCAGCAUUAAAAAUAGUUUGUCGCCAGAUUUCACCUGUUAUACCCCAUAACUACAAGGAUAGUAGCUAUCUUGUAUCCGUUUUUACUUUUACGCUCAAUAAUUUGGGCAAAACAACAGCAAAUGUCACCUUGCUUUUCACAUGGGCUAAUUCUGUUGGAGGGCAAUCUGAAUUUACUGGUCAUCACUUCAACUCAAAGAUAAAGAGGCCUGAUGGCGUGCAUGGUGUGCUUCUACAUCACAAGACUGCAAAUGAGCAAUCUCUGCUAUCAUUUGCAAUUGCAGCAGAAGAGACUGAAUAUGUUCAUAUCUCAGAAUGCCCUGUCUUUGUUAUAUGCGGUUCUCACAAAGGCAUCUCCACAAAGGACAUGUGGCAUGAAGUUAAACAGGUGGGAAUAGAUAUAAGGGCAGGUGCAUUUGGAAUAUUAAGGACAUAUGGAGAGGAUGAUUGUGACUUACUAGAAACAUUUGACUCUUUUGGAGUAAAAGGAAAUAAUGGACUAGUAUCAAAGAAGCAUACAUAUGCUAAGACAAUGUACCGCCUAAGAUCUGGGAGUAACAUCAAUAUCCUUUUCGCAGAAAAGAAUAGCCGAGGAAAAGACACUUGA